GCGACCCGCUUCCUAUCCUCCCUCCUCACGCCAACGUUAUUAUUAUCUCCAACUCCUUCUCCGCACGAAACCCACCCGCCCGCCUACGCGCGCGCGCGCGCGCUCUCGAUCGAUGGGAUGCGCGCAAUCGCACAUCGAAGGCGAGGAGCCCGUGUCACGCUGCAAGGUUCGCCGUCACCUCAUGCGCGACGCCGUGGCCUCACGCCACGCCUUCGCCGCCGCCCACUCCGUCUACGCUAUCUCCUUGAAGAACACCGGCGCUGCCCUUAGUGACUUCGGCCAUGGUGAGUCUAUUAUCGUCCAUCCCCCUUUCUCCUCCUCCGCCUCCACCUCCUCCUCUUCUGUCGCCGUUGCCGUUCCUUUGCCGCCUCCUAUUGAAGCCCCUCCCCCUCCUCCACCUCCUCCUGCCGAAGUUGGCACUCCUACGUCCUCAAUUCAGCGCGCUACUAGCAUGCCCAACAUUUCUUCUCUCAAGUCCUCCCAAUCCCACCAUGAUUCCUUGCCUAUCCCUGAAGAUGACCCUGUCCCUGAUUACCCUGUUUCUCAGUCGGAGAUCAUGGAGGAGAAGCCAGCUGAGACACCUGAUAACAUCGUCGAAGAGCCUUUGAGAUCAUCCAAGCAAGGGAGGAAGGAGAAGAGGGUGAAGAUGGCCGGCGUGGUCUCAACUUCGACGCAGAAGAAUGUUAGUUUGUUGCACAUAUUGAAUGAAUUGGAUGAUCAUUUCCUCAAGGCUUCAGAGAGCGCUCAUGAGGUCUCCAAGAUGUUGGAGGUUACAAGGAUGCAUUACCACUCUAAUUUUGCUGAGUCACAAGGGCGUAUAGAUCAUUCUGCAAAACUUUUGAGAGUCAUUACAUGGAACAGGUCUCACACAUCUGAGGAUGAUGGUGCUGAUAAAGAUGAAUUUGAAACCCAUGCUACAGUGCUGGACAAAAUGUUAGCUUGGGAGAAGAAACUUUAUGAUGAAGUAAAGGCUAGUGAACUUAUGAAGAUUGAGUAUCAAAAUAAGAUUGCUUUACUGAAUAAGCAAAAGAAACGUAAUUCCAACCCUGAAACUAUUGAAAGAACUAAAGCUGCAGUGAGUCAUUUGCAUACAAGAUACAUAGUUGAUAUGCAGUCAAUGGACUCAACGAUUGCAGAAAUCAAUCGAUUGCGGGAUCAUCGGCUGUAUACAAAAUUAGUGGCCCUUGUUGAUGGAAUGUCGAAAAUGUGGGAGACAAUGCAUUCACAUCAUGUCAGUCAGUGCAAGAUCUCCGGUGAGCUUAGAGCUCUGGACACUUCUAAUGCUCCCCGGGAAACAAGUGAACAUCAAUACGAUCGAACAGUUCAGCUGUGGCAGGUGGUUGGAGAAUGGCACUCACAGUUACAGAAACUCAUUACUCAUCAAAAAGAGUACAUCUAUAACUUGAAUGAAUGGUUAAAGCUUAAUCUUAUUCCCAUCGAAAGCAACUUAAAGGAGAAAGUGUCAUCUCCGUCACAAAUACAGCGGCCGCCAAUCCAAGCACUCUUGCUCACGUGGCAUGAACAGUUAGAGAAGCUACCUGAUAGCCUUGCCAAAGGUGCCAUCUUCAAUUUCUCUGCGGUCAUUAAUGCGAUCAUUAUAAGUCAGCAAGAGGAGCUGAAAUUGAAGGAGAAAUGCGAAGAAUCAAAGAGAGAAUACACACGAAAAUUGCGAGCUUUUGAGGAGUGGUCCAGAAAAUACUCACAGAAGAUGACUACAUUAUCAUCAUCUGAGGUAUCAGAUCCCCCAAGUAAUGACGAAAUAAUUCAAACUGAUCCAAGUCAAGAAAGGAAACUUGCUGUUGAGACAGCAAAGAGUAAGCUCGACAGUGAUGUCGAAGCGUAUCAGAAGUUGUGCAAAAAGGUAAGAGAGAAAUCUCUUGCAACUCUCAAGAAUCACUUGCCUGAGCUUUUCCGAUCGUUGUCGGAAUUUGCUCUUGCAUGCUCUGAGAUGUACAAGAAGCUUAACAUCAGACGGCCAGAAGAACCGGAUGCUCCUAAUGCUUGAACAAUUGCAUGUAUACAUUUGUUUCAAUUUUUUUUUUUAUUAAUAUUUGUUGUAUAUUUUAUCUUACUUUUGUGUCAUAUGUUCUCCCAAUAAAUCAUAUAAUCUCACAAUAUA